GUUAUAAGGCUGUGGGAAAGCCGCACCAACAUACUAGCGUAGUUGCUAAUGGUGCUAGGCCUUGUGGGCGCGUCAAGUGAGUACUCCACGAGUGCUCUCAGGUGACUUAGUGUACUUGCUAAUCGAAAGUGAGCUAGUACUAACCUGUGCAGGAAAGUGACUAGGGGCCGCUGAGAGAAGUGGGACGUAAGGGUCGAGACCUUUACAAGGGGCACAGCGCCGUCUUCCCUGCCCCCCUGGGCCUGGAUGGCUCUUCCGCCACCUCCGCAUGAUUCUAACCAACUCAGCCCAUACUCGUCAGCUCCCCCCCCCACCCACGCUGCCUCCAUCUCUCGCCUCGCCUUGUCGCGCAAUCGAGCACUUGCAAUGCCGCGCCACUGCUUCCCACCGCUGCCCCGGGGCUCUGCCCUCUGCUGCCGGAGGCGAGGCUGUGGCAUGGCUGAGAGGUCGAGAAUUGGGCACGGAGAGUUGUGGAGAGGAGAGCGACAACUCGGUGAUCGUGCGCUUGGGAGGUUCGCUGGUUUGGGCGAGAGCGCACUCCAGUGGCGCCGAGUUAUGCUGGGAAGAGAGUGCAGGGGAGAACCCUAAUGGCAGGGGAGAUGGGAGAGCGCGGGCUCGGUGGGGACGUUGAAGUGGAGGCUCGGGGUGCUGGCAGCGGAAUUGGGAGGCUUCGAUGGAGGGGCGAGGGUGAGUGGUGUUGCGGUGGUAUGGCAGGAAUGUGAGUGGCAUUCGCGUCUCUUUCGGGCGAGGGGCAGGAGGGCGGUGCGGAAUUGUGGCCAGGGGUUCGAGCGGGAGCUAUGGGUGGUGCCUUGGCAGGUUAGAGGAUGGUGCGUAUGGGAGAGGGGAGGGUGUGAGGGUGGUGGCGAGGUGGCAGAGCCAUGGUGAACCCCGCGAGCGUGCCAACGGAGUCGUCGAAAGUGCGGCGGGAGAGGGAGGAGAAGGACGCUGCAAUCGAAACUCCGAGCAGGAAGAGCAGGAAAGCUGGGAAGAAUGGAGCGGCCGGGGUCGCGGGCGACGCCAGGGUCCAAAUUACUGCGGGGAAAGGAGAGGAUAGGAACAAUGGCACGUUGGGAGGUAAUGCGGAGAGGGGUCCGCAAGGAGUCGCUGGUAGCAUCGGUGGCGAGGGCAACCCAGGUUCCGUGGAUCCGUCAGCUGCACCCGCAGCAACAGCAGAGGGUGCGUCCCGACCUGAGGCGCCCGGCGAGGUGGUGUACAGGAUACCGAGCUAUGCAGGUUGGUUUCGGUGGGACAAGGUUCACCCAUUGGAGAGGCGAGCGAUGAGCGAGUUUUUCGACAAGAGAUCAGCGGCGAAAACACCGAGAAUGUACAAGGAGUGCAGGGAUUUCACAAUCAACAGAUGCAGGGAGAACCUGAAGCAGGCGGUGACGUUCCAGGAGGUGGCAUUGCUUGCAGGGGCGGUGGGGCCACGGGUUGCAUCGGCUGCAGCACAGGCAGCCGUGGCAGCAAUUGCGGAGGACGAGCCAGGGGUGUGGGAGGUGCCGUUUAUGCGAAGGUCGAAGGUGGUUUCAGGUCACAAAAAGCAUGCAUCACAAUCAACGCAAAAGUAUGGUGGAAGUGUGGUGGAGGGGCUCAGGGAUGAAGUGCAGUGCAACGGGGAGGGCCCGUCGCAUGGAGAGGAAGCGACGUCGGAGAAGUGGGGCGCAGGUCAUCCGCGGCAACCAGAUGCGGCGAAGGCGGGUGCAGGCGGUGAGGAGUUGCCAUGUGCUGUUCAAGCUCGGGUGAGCGUGGCCACAGCGUUGGGCGUGGCAGCUGCGAACGCAAAGCUGCUGGCUGAUCGGGGAGGAGCGGGAGAUCGAGCAUCUGGGGGGGGGAUUUUGGAGGGAAGAGAAAGUAAAAGGGGAGGGGGUGUGGAAGUGGGGCAAAGGGUUAGGUCCGGCAAGUUGGCUCUCCUUGCCCGUGUGGAGACGGAAUCAAAGCCAAAAGCAAUCGUGCUAAAGCUCUGUCCCAGGCGGAGGACCCCAGCCCGUGUUUUCACCGGGCCACCCGCCGCCCCUCCUAGAACCUAA